GCGUGUAUAUUAUAAUGCUGGCAAUCUGUAUACCUCUCUACCUACACGGCCUACCUAUUAUAAUGUUAUAAUUUAUUAUUGUGCAAGCGUGCAAACAGGUGUGUGAGUGUGUGUGCGCGCGCGCGCACGCAUGUAUCGCGUAUGUAUUAUGUGCGAGUAUAAUAAUAUAAUAAUGUUAAUAAAUAAAAUAAUAAUAUUAUAUUAUCGAGAACAAUAAGUAAUUAUUAUAGGAUCGAUCGCGCGCAAGAAACACACCGUGCACAAUAAUAAUUGUUGCGUUACUGUCGCGACACUACUACAGCAUCUUCGUAAAAAUAAAUGGAUUUUAAUCACUAUCGUAGCUGUGAGUCUAUGGAGCCGAAAGAUGAUUCAAACAGGCUAUGUGAGCCAAAAGGACUGUUCAUCAAAGACAGGAAACAAGACCAAGUCACGCUAAGAUUUAAAAACCUAUACUAUACAGUCUCACUCGGAAUUGGAAAAGGAACCAAAGAUGUUCUUAAGAACAUUAAUGGCAUAUUUGCACCAAAUCAAUUGGUUGCUAUUAUGGGACCAUCAGGUGCGGGUAAAUCUUCACUUCUGGACGUUUUAUCCGGUUAUAAUUUGAAAGGUGUCCGAGGGAACGUUACUGUAAAUGGCGAAGAAAGGCGUUUAGAUAGUUUCCGAAGAUUAUCUUGCUAUAUCCAACAAGAUGAUCGCUUGCAACCGCUGUUAACAGUAAAUGAAAACAUGUCCGUUGCUGCAAAUCUUAAGCUCUCUAUGGACAAGACUCAAAAAUAUAAAGAUGCUGUGGUGGACGAAAUAUUAUCUACACUGGGUCUUGACAAAUGUAAGGCCACUAGAACCGCAAGAUUAUCUGGUGGUCAAAAAAAAAGACUUUCAAUAGCUCUAGAAUUAAUAAACAAUCCAAUGGUCAUGUUUCUAGACGAACCAACGACUGGCUUAGACAGUUCUUCAUGUUCUCAAUGUAUAUCACUUCUACGAUUAUUAGCUCAUCAGGGAAGAACUAUAAUAUGCACAAUUCAUCAACCUAGUGCAUCACUAUUCCAAAUGUUUGAUCAAGUUUAUAUUCUUUCGCAAGGCACAUGUUUGUACCAAGGGUCUACCGGCAAUGUAAUACCAUACCUAUCAAAACUCGAAUUGCCCUGUCCCAUUUAUCACAAUCCAGCUGAUUUUGUAAUCGAAUUGGCUUGUGGCGAUCACGGAAACGACAAAAUUCAAAAAAUGGCAAAGGAAAUCGAAAAUGGGAAGUGUUUAACAUGGACAGGACAUUCUGAUUUACUAGCCAUCAAUGACACACCUACAGUGAACGAAACUCAAAAAAUAUCAAAAGAAGUCGACGUGGUCCAUGAAACUUCUGCUUAUAACCAAUUGAAAUGUUUGUUACAUCGAGGAGUUUUAAAAUGUAAAAGAGAUCCGGAUUUGACUUAUCUACGAAUAGGUGUAAAUAUAACAGUAAGUUUAUUAUUAGGUACACUAUUUUUACAAAUUGGCGAUGAUGGCAGUAAAAUUUUCGACAACUAUAAUUUACUUUUUUCCAUUCUCAUGCAUCACGUUGGAUCAACAUUGAUGUUAAAUAUUAUUAAUUUUCCUGCUGAAAUCUCUAUACUGACAAAAGAACAUUUUAAUAGAUGGUAUUCAUUAAAAUCAUACUAUAUCGCUACGAACAUACUUGAUAUUCCAAUUACGACACUUGGUUGUUUGAUAUUUUCCGUAAUCAUUUAUUUAAUGACAGGACAACCAUUGGAGUGGAAUAGAUUUGGCAUGUUUACAUUCAUUAGUUGGUUAAUGGUUCUUAUUUCUCAGAGUUUAGGAUUCAUUAUUGGUGCUUGGUUUAGCGUUAUUAACGGUAACUUCGUUGGACCCAUUAUCGUUGUUUUGUUGAUGGUGUUCAGUGGCUUUGGUGUGAAUCUCCGCGAUAUACCAUAUCUAUUGAAGUGGGGAACGGAAAUAUCAUUCUUGAGAUAUGGUUUGGAUGCACUAGUCGCCGCUAUCUACGAUAAACGUGGCAUUUUGCCAUGUUACUCUUUGUAUUGCCAUUACAAGUAUCCAACAAAGUUUUUAGAUGAAGUCGCCAUGACCACUGAUCAUUUCAACUACGAUGUAUAUGCAUUAGUCAUCACUCUGCUGAUCACCAGAGUAGUUGCAUACUUUUUGCUACGACUUAGAGUCAGAUCCAGAGUAUCAUUAUAAUAUCGAGAUUACUUCGUUGUAUGAAUGAACGGCACACUACACAAUUUACUUACAUAAUAUACCUAAUUUUGUGAAUUUGUACAUAAAAAAAUUAUACAUUUAGGUUUAGAUAUUGUAUGUGAUCUGUGACGAUUUAGUGACAAUUUUAUUAUUCUUUAUAAUUAUUCAAUUAUUAUUCUUAUUAUAGUUGUUAUAUUUUUGUGUGAGAAUUUAUUGUGCGUUUAAUGCUUUUAAAAAAAAUAUUUUUUUGUACUUUAUUUUUAUUAUUCUGAAAAAGAUAAAUAGGUAUCUGUAAAAUGUAAAAUGUAAUAUUAUAAAUUUAAAUUUGGGUAAUUUUAAUAAUUAUUAUUCUUUAAAUUAUAUAAAAUAUAAAAUGGAUAUUUUUUGUUUUACAGAAUAUAUUUUAUUUAUUUAUUA